AAAUCUUCCAGACAGAGAGUGAAACACACUAUUAGUCUUGUGAGAUUAAUGAAAUUUUUUUUCCGUUCGAAAUAGAGAGAGAAACACACAAGCACUCUUCCUAUGGCCACUAAAGUCUAUAUUGUUUACUACUCGAUGUACGGACAUGUUGCGACACUAGCAGAAGAAAUAAAGAAAGGAGCUGCAUCUGUGGAAGGAGUUGAGGCAAAACUAUGGCAGGUGCCCGAAACAUUGCCUGAGGAGGUUCUUGGAAAAUUGUCUGCCCCACCAAAGAGUGAUGUGCCAUACAUAACACCAGAUGAGCUUGGUGAGGCAGAUGGGCUUAUUUUUGGUUUCCCCACUAGAUUUGGAAUGAUGGCUGCCCAAUUCAAAGCAUUUCUGGAUUCAACUGGUGGUCUAUGGCACACCCAAAAGCUCUCUGGAAAGCCCGCGGGCCUUUUCUACAGCACUGGUUCUCAGGGAGGCGGUCAAGAGACUACCGCAUUAACAGCCAUUACUCAGCUCGUUCACCACGGCAUGAUCUUUGUGCCGAUUGGCUACACAUUUGGAGCUGGAAUGUUUGAGAUGGAGAAGGUGAAAGAUGGUAGUCCCUACGGUGCAGGAACUUAUGCAGGGGAUGGCUCUAGACAGCCUUCGGAGCUCGAACUUGAGCAAGCUUUCCACCAGGGAAAAUACAUUGCUGGCAUUGGUAAGAAACUCAAGGGAUCUGCUUAACAGUUCACUAAUAGUCACCAUACGAUUCUACUUCCCAGCAUUGAAUAAUGGUCGCAAUUUCCCUUUUUUCUUCAGCGUUUUUGUUUCAACCAUGUCAAUGAAAAUAAGUAGCUUAGUUUUCCUAAGCGUACAUCGUUUUUCAGAAACAUUAGUCACGUCUGUGUUAUUGUUGGUUUUGUAACUUCCUCCUUGUAUCAAAUUGUACACUCCAGAAAUGUGAUCCAUGCAUUGUUUC